GGCCGGCGGUACGGUGGCCGGCCUGGGGACGCAGGCUCCCAGGCGGAGGCUGGCACGUGAUGAGCGCGAAAGCCAAGAAGCGCGUGGUGCUGCCAACCCGGCCCGCGCCGCCCGCGGUGGAGCAGAUCCUGGAGGACGUGCAGAGCGCACGGCCCACGGACCCCGUGUUCGCCCUUGUAGCUGAGCCCAGCGAAGAUUUGGCAGCCCCUGGGAAGAAGGAGGAUUCAGAAGAGGAGAGCGAGCUCCUGUAUCGGCAGAGCCAUGCCUAUGUGGAGAUGAACCAGCGGCUGCAGAAGGCCUGCAGCCUGCUGAAGGAGAAGUGUGAGGAGCUGAGGCAGGCAGGGGAGACUCUGGAGCAGAACAUCCUGGAGAUGAAGCAGAAGGCUGUCUGAGGGAGUCUGCCCUGCAGAGCCAGCCCAGGCAUUCACACACUUGGGGAUAGCCCGGGGUUUUUAAGCACAGCUCCAUACCCUGAAGUGGUUGUGAGCGUGUGCCUGUUGCCAAGGUCUUUGACAUUGUUCCUUAUGUCCAUAGUUAAAUUAUAGGGUCGGAAAGCUGCCUCUGUGGGUGCACUGGGCAUUGCAGUGUCGUCCCUGGAUUCUCCAGGCCUUGGGAAGGCAGCUUUUCAGGAGUGUCCCUCUCAUAGUGGCUGGAAAUGCUGGGGGCAGUGGGUGUGGAGUGGUGACAGGACUUGCCUGGGGAGGUCUUUGCCAAUGGGCUGCCCCAGGCUCACUGCUCGGAGUGAAAGGGCCUCUUGGAACGGGCCCUUCCUGGGUGCAGCCUCCUGCCAGGUUCCCAGACAGGAAACUGCAGCCUGACCUGGCUGGGAUAGCAGCCAUGAGUGCCUCGGCAUUGCCACAGAUGCGUGGGGUGAUCAUCGACAUGGAGACUCUCUCGCACCCUCGGUUCACCUAUGACUUCUCCAUCUGGUACUGCCCUGACGACGACGACGUGGCCUCCCGCAUCUCCAAGACCCUGAUGGAGCACGGCUUCCGGGGCUACGUGGAGCACCAGGACCAAGUGGCUGGGACAUCAGUGGCCUUGAAAGCCACCGAGGUCAUCGAGGCCAGUUGGGUCACCAUCAUCAUCCUCUCGGCCCAGUCGCUGCAUGACCCCUGGUGCCAGCAGGUCCUGGAGUGGAACCUGCAUCACGUGAUUGAGCAGGAAGGCACAAAAAUGAUCCCAGUGUACGUGGACAUAAAGAAACACCAGGUGCCUCUGGUUUUAAGGCACCUUAACGAACUGGACUACCACAGCGCCUUCUUCCAGCAGAAGCUCCUGAACAGCUUGCGGAAGGUGAAGGCAUCAUCAAGCACAGCCAGGACUGCAGUGCCCUCCAAGGUGUCCAAAGCAAAGAGCAGUGUCGGCCUUUAGGGACUGGAGAGACCCGGCUUUGUGGUGCAGCCCCAUUCCUUGGGCAUCCCGGCUUCAGUAGAGGCCUUGCUGUGGGGAUGACCAGGGAAGGACGCCAGGGGCUAUUCUGGGCUCCACCAGGAUGUUUAGCAAGCAGAUCGUGUAGUUGAAGGUGAAAAUGUGCACAGGGGGCAGUCAGGCCCAGGGCCACGGUGUCGUGCACCUCAGUAAGAAGCUGUCACUAAAAUGCAGUUCUCCAGAAA